UCAUGGGAAAUGUAAACACAAUAUUAUUAAAUACAAUUAAUGGAUUUACUAAUCAAAACAACCAAAUUUAUGAAAAUCAAAAAUACUUGCAAAUUAAUGGGCACAACAAUAAAAAUUUUGAAUUAAUUGUUUUUGGGAGUAUUGUACAAGAUUUGGUCUCCUACGUUGACAGAACGCCAAAACCGGGAGAAUCCGUCCGCGGAAAUUUAUUUAAAAAUUUUUGUGGAGGGAAGGGUGCGAAUCAGGCUGUGAUGGCGUCGAAGCUCGGAACAAGGACAGCAAUGAUUGGAUGUGUCGGAGAGGAUAUCUUCGCAGAGACAAAUAUAUCCUCUAUAUCUCAAAAUGGGGUGGAUACUUCAAUGAUAGAAAAAUUAAAAGAUUCGAAUACUGGUGUUGCCUGUAUAACUGUUACGUCUGAUGGAGAAAAUUCGAUAAUUGUCAAUCUCGGAGCAAACAAACUUUUGGGAGCCAAAAAUGCCAGAAACUACAAAUCAGUUAUUUGUAAUGCUAAAAUGAUUUUGUGCCAACAAGAAAUUGAUGAAGAUGGAAAUUAUGAGGCUCUUAGACUUGCCAGAGAGAAUGGGGUCACCACAUUUUACAACCCUGCACCUGGAAAUGCCAAUAUGAAUCCAGAAUUGUUGAGAUUUUGUGAUGUAAUAUGUGCAAAUGAGAAUGAGGCAGAAUUUCUCGCAAAUCGCCAAAUGUUAAGUGACGAAGAUGCUCAAGAAUGUGCUCGUAUAAUAUUAGAAAAAGGCCCAAAAAUUGUAAUUAUUACGUUGGGACCUAGAGGUGCUCUAGUAGCCCAAAGGUACGAAAUUUCAGAAGAGCCCCAUUGGUGUUGGAUUAAAGCCCCCAAAGUUUCUGCAGUGGAUACUACCGGAGCCGGAGACUGUUUUUGUGGUUCUCUAGCCCACUUUCUCUUGGAAUCAGGGUUUAAUACUACUCAAAAAGACAUUUAUUCAAAAGUAAAUCAGGCUGUACAGAAAGCUGUUGAGAUUGCUGCUAUUUCUGUACAAAGACACGGUGCCCAAGCUUCUUACCCCGACUGUGCUGAACUUUAUGAGAAAGGAAUAUUAACUUAA